AUGGGAAUGAGGUUCAUUAAGGGGACCUCUCGCAACAUUUUAGCUGAAUCGACAGCUAAUGUUUCUUUUUGCACACAAUGUUUAAGGAAAAAAGUCGCCAAUCUGAAUAGGCGGAGCUUUCCUAUUCGUCCGGAAGUGUUUCUGGACGAAACAUUCUGCAACUUGAACCAUGUUGCUCAGCUUUCAUGGGUUGAUGAAGAUAAAAUCCGAUAUUCAAAAAGUGCUAGAGGCCCCAGGUUUUGCAUUGUUGCUGCCGGCAUUGUGCGGCAAUCCAACCUAAAACGAAAACACGAUGACAACUACCACGGAAAUUUCAACACAGAACAAUUCGAGAGAUACUAUCACAAGAACCAAACAAACUCUGCCCCCAACUCGAGAGCUCUCAAAAACGAUAUGGAAGCAUGGCUUGAAUAA